AGGAGAAUAAAACUGACCGAAAUUGCCGCUUUAACUCUCUUCUUCCCAGCCAAAAGUUGAAAAAAUAUAUUUUGUUUUCUUCUUUUUUUUGGUAUUUCAUAUUUUAAGUAUAAUUUUAAUCUGUACAUAACGAUCUUGUAAACUAAACCUUCAAUCUUUCUGUCUUGUAUAUUGUAUAUAAUUAUAUGUAUAUGUAUAUGUAUAUAUAGCAUCUCCCUGUUUUGACAGCACAAAAGAUUUGUUGGUUCUUGAUUUUGGGGAAUGAGUAGAGCUACUUUACGAUGAUUCUCGGGUUCAAGAACUCCUAAUGUAUGACCUCUUAAGCUGAGAAAGAGUAGAUGGAUUCAGCAAGAAGUUGGUUCCAGAAGUUUCAACCACGAGAUCGGUUAAGGUCAUCGACCAAGAAAACAAAAGAUUCAAUGGGUAGUGGAAGAGAAGAUCCCCAGCCGCCUAUGUCAGCUGAAGAGGCCUCCAAUGUAACGAAGCAAAGGGUCGCUGCAGCGAAACAAUACAUUGAGAAUCAUUACAAGGAACAGAUGAGAAGUUUGCAGGAGAGAAAGGAGCGUCGAAGUGUAUUGGAAAAGAAGCUUGCGGAUGCUGAUGUCUCAGAGGAAGAUCAAAAUAAUCUACUGAAAUUUCAUGAAAAGAAGGAAACUGAAUACAUGCGUCUGCAAAGGCACAAAAUGGGAGCUGAUGAUUUUGAGUUAUUAACAAUGAUCGGGAAGGGUGCAUUUGGGGAGGUAAGAGUUUGUAGAGAGAAAACAACGGGCUCUGUAUAUGCAAUGAAAAAACUUAAGAAAUCAGAAAUGCUCCGUAGAGGACAGGUUGAGCAUGUAAAAGCUGAAAGGAAUCUGCUCGCAGAGGUGGACAGUAAUUGCAUUGUCAAACUCUAUUGUUCUUUCCAAGAUGAUGAGUUUCUUUAUCUUAUCAUGGAAUAUCUACCUGGUGGUGAUAUGAUGACCCUACUCAUGAGGAAGGAUACACUAACUGAAGAUGAAGCCAGAUUUUAUGUUGCUGAGACUGUUUUGGCUAUAGAAUCUAUCCAUAUACAUAAUUAUAUACACAGAGACAUUAAGCCUGAUAACUUGCUGCUUGAUAGAUACGGUCAUUUGAGACUAUCAGAUUUUGGACUAUGUAAGCCAUUAGACUGCAGCACCCUAGAAGAAAAGGAUUUCGCUGGUGAUAGUGUACAUGGACCUUCCCGGAGUGCUUCAGCACCAAAACGCACUCAGCAAGAGCAAUUACAACAUUGGCAGAAAAAUAGGAGGACACUUGCAUAUUCUACAGUGGGUACACCAGACUAUAUAGCUCCUGAAGUCCUGCUGAAGAAAGGUUAUGGAAUGGAGUGUGAUUGGUGGUCACUUGGUGCUAUUAUGUAUGAAAUGCUAGUGGGCUAUCCACCUUUCUAUUCUGAUGAUCCCAUGUCAACAUGUCGCAAGAUAGUAAACUGGAAAUCACAUUUAAAGUUUCCAGAGGAAGCAAAGCUAUCUUCAGAAGCGGAAGAUCUUAUUAGCAAACUCCUUUGCAAUGUUACCCAGAGACUAGGUUCAAAUGGUGCUGAUGAAAUAAAGGUCCACCCUUGGUUUAAAGGAAUAGACUGGGAGAGAAUCUAUCAUAUGGACGCUGCCUUCAUCCCUGAGGUUAAUGAUGAGUUGGACACCCAAAACUUUGAAAAGUUUGAAGAGUCUGAAUCUCGUUCUCAGAGUGCAUCAAGAUCUGGUCCUUGGAGAAAGAUGCUCUCAUCGAAGGACAUCAACUUUGUGGGGUACACGUACAAAAACUUUGAAAUCGUGAAUGAUUACCAAGCGGAUGGAAUGGCUGAACUUAAGAAGAAGAAUACCAAGUCAAAGAGGCCAACAAUCAAAGCACUAUUCGAGGACGAGUCAGAAGGAUCAGAGUCGAGUAAUUCUCAGCGAUCCCAAGGAAGCUUUGUAAAUCUCAUGCCUCCAUGACUUGUAAGUUUCUUAGAAGCAGAACAAAUGAGCAUAUAGAAUCGCGAUUUGUCUCCCUUGAGCGGGUCUUACAUCUAAAUUUUGAGAGCUCCAUGAACUGUUGUUAGCAUGAGACAUAGAGUUUUGGCAGUUGGUUAGUGGCAAUUUAAUCAGGGAUGUAAGUAUUUUAGCCUGAAACUACUGAUACUGUUAGAGUUUGAUUGUAAGUUGUAACAGUCCUCUUGUGAUUAUUUUACUCAUCUGAGACAGGAUUUAGAGGUCAUGAUUGACAUCUUUGAUCUGUAACUUUAUUCUUUCUUCACUUGUUUUAAAACCACAGUGUAACAUACAAAAUACUAAUGGCAUAUUUAAAUGUACUGUUCAGUUUGGGUGGUUAA